UGUCGCACAUGUGCGGAAGGAGCCGAAUAAAAAGCGACGCUCGAGACUGCGAGAUGAGGGACUGAGAGGCGGCAGAGGGAACGAAGAUAAACACAAUCCGCUCUCUUCGGAAAGGCUCUGAAAGCUGCAGGAGGACCCCGAGAGCCGCAUCACUGGAAAUACCCUCGCAAUGGAUCUUCAUGAUAAGGAAAUUGUCCCCGGAGAGAUUUUGCCUGUGGUGAUCAUUGGUAACGGCCCAUCAGGGAUCUGUCUGUCGUACCUGUUGUCAGGUUACACCCCCUACCUGUCACCUGAGGCAUCACACCCUAACCCUCUCCUGCACAGCAAGCUGGGAGAGCAGCCUCACCUGUCGCUGCUGGAGCAGGACCUGGAGUACCUGUGCGAGGGGUUGGAGGGGCGAUCGUCCAAUCCCGUGGCUGUGCUCUUUGAUUCGCUGCUGCUCCCUGACAGUGACUUUGGAUUGGACCACACAUCUCCGUUGGAAUGGCGAUACGAGCCGGAGCGCGCCAUCCCUCACCUGGUGCUGGGGAAGGGUCCACCUGGAGGAGCCUGGCAUGCGAUGGAGGGCUCCAUGCUAACUUUGAGCCUGGCUAACUGGAUGGAGCUUCCCGGACUCAAACUGAAGGACUGGAUGAGAGACAAACGCAGGAAUGUGCGAAAUGACCGUGCCACACCAGCAGAGAUAGCCUCCUACUAUCAACACUACGUUUCCCAGAUGUCUCUGGAGCAGAACUUUGCAUGUGGGACCACCGUCACCUCGGUAACCAGACAGCCUGGCAGCCAGGAUGGGGCGCCGCCCUGCUGGAGAGUGAUGGGACUGCAGCGCAGAGAGGGAGAAGUGCUGGGAGAUGGUUCUGUUUCGGAGGAGGUGCCUUUCUCCCUGCUGGCCCAUAAUGUGGUGUUGGCGACGGGGACCCACGAUAUCCCGGCCAGGCUAGGUGUGGAGGGCGAGUCCCUGCCCUUUAUCUGCCACUCUUUCUGGGAGCUGGAGGCAGCCAUCUCUCGCGGCGAGCUCGACCAGUCGUCAGACCCGGUGCUGGUUGUGGGGGCGGGGCUUACAGCGGCCGAUGCGGUACUGGCUGCCCACCAUCUCAACACGCCUGUCUACCACGUCUUUAGACGCUCUGUCACUGACCCUGGCCUCAUCUUCAACCAGCUGCCCAAACUGCUCUACCCAGAGUACCACAAGAUCCACCAGAUGAUGACUCAGCAGCAGUACCGACCGAGCCCUCCGCCGCAGGACCAUGCUCAGAACCUCCAUGACCGCUCCACCCCUUCUUCUCCUUCCUCCCUCCCUCCAUCCUCCUCCACCACUUCUUCAUCGCCCUCCUCCUACCCGGGUUACCUGAGCUUCCCACGUCACAGGGUGGUGGCGUUCCGACCCGACCAGAAGUGCGUUCUUGAGUCAGACUCUGGCCAGCGGACGGUGGUCCAGGUCUCCAAGGUGCUGGUUCUGAUCGGCGCUCACCCCAAUCUUUCCUUCCUGGAUGACAAUGGGCGUCCACUUGGUGUCAGCCCCAAGGAGACAAUCACAUGCCGGAGGAACCCGAUCGAGGUGGACCCUUUCACAAACAAUGUGGUCGCGGCAGACGGGCCCGGCAUGUAUGCCAUGGGUCCGUUAGUUGGCGAGAACUUCGUCCGGUUCCUGAAGGGAGGAGCGCUGGCUAUUGCUAGCGACCUCGCCAAGAGACAGGGGGAGGGAUGGGGAAAGGAAGAAGGGGGUUUUACUGCGGACAGAUUAAUGGACAAGUGGGUGGACAGACAAGUUACCACACAGACAAAAGAGGAGGUUUGCGUUGUGGAUUCGUAGCAGGUUUUGUGGGACUGGGAGGUUGAGUGGACUGAAGCAAACCAAUCAACUCUGAUCUGAUCCAAUGAUGAAUCUGGACACAGGUUAUGUUUUCCAGAAAUCACAGAGUAGCUGCUGGGUGUGAAACAGGCAGCAAGUGGACUUGCAGUACUGGGCUUGCACUGGUUUGGGUGGGUGUGAUAUCUUAUUAGAUGUACCGCAGAUCUCAUUGGGCCAAAAAGCCUCCAGACCUGAGACAUCCCAAAGGCUAAAAAAGCAGCUUGAGAAGUAUCAACAAUACCAAAUCCUGCAGAAAUCAGUCGGAUCUAAGUAGGAGAGAUGGAUGGAGAAUGAGAAAGAGAUGCUGAAGUGAAGGAUGUGAAGGAAGAGAGACAGAUGGUGCAUCUGGCUUAUAAAGUAUAAAGCUUGAAAUGUGCAUGUUUACCAACUGGAAGCUGUUCUGGAAGCUGUAAACUCCGCCAUGACUUCAUGUGGGGAAAAAAAAAAAAACAUCAAUCCCUCUGGUGGCCAGAUGAUGCAACGACAACA